AUGUUUCUCCAUCUCUAGCUGAAACUCCCCAAAUCGGCUUGUGAUCCCUAUAAAAAGUUGAUUUAGAUUCGACGGUUGUUAAACAAUGUCGUUACCGGCUGAAGAGGAGGAUUUGGCGGACACUGUCGCCAAGUACGAUUCCAUCGAAUUGAAGAGCAUACAGGACCUGGAAACCUGCGAGCAGCAACAACUACUGCAGUACGUCGAAAAGCUGCACGGGAUUAUCCGCAAAUACGACACCAAACUGGCGUCCUAUAAACAAAAACUCCUACACUACGUAAGCCGGGAAGAAAAGGUUUCGUGUGACAAAGCCAGCCAAGCAACUGAAUCGGAAUUACAAGAAUGCCAGUAUUCCAUGGAAAACGAUGAGGAUACUAACAAAAAAGACCAGCCCAACGAUUUAUCGGCGACGGACGCCUUCAGUUUUGUGGACGAAAUGAGGCAGGCAGCCAAGCACGCCGAAAACCUGAACAACUUCGUUUACGAGCACACCUCUGGCAUGUACUACGAUCCCAAGACGGGAUACUACUAUAACGCGGAGUACGGGCUGUACUACGAUGGUAACAACGGCUGCUACUACAGCUAUGAUCACGCCAAAGACUCGUACGAGUUCCACUCUCAGGCCCAGGUACAGCCUUUGAGCGACUGCGCCUAUAGUAGUCUUUUAGCGGGGUUUCACAAACUCCGCAUAGACCGAAUGCGUAGCAAUGCAUUAGACAUUGCUAAAAAGUAUCCACCCUCCCUCCGCAUCAUUGUCCAGGAGACUAACGUAGAGUCGCUGAAAGUGGGAAGCCUGCAUCUAAUCACAUACAAAGGUGGAUCUCUUGGACGGGAGGGCGCUCACGAUGUUAUCAUUCCGGACGUGAACGUCAGCAAGUGCCACUUAAAGUUUAAGUAUGAGAACAAGUUGGGAAUCUACCAAUGUCUUGAUCUGGGCUCCCGAAACGGUACCAUUCUCAAUGGAUCCCCAAUGUCCAGCGACGCCAUGGAUCUCGUUCACGGCAGUGUUAUCACUCUGGGCCAAACAAGACUACUGUGUCAUGUCCACGAGGGUAACAGUACCUGCGGUUUGUGCGAGCCGGGCCUUUUGAUAGAGAAUUCUCCGCCGGUAGUGGCCGCUGUUGCCUCAUCCACCGCAUCCGUAUUAUCUCACAAGGAGCAGUUAAAAAAACUGCAGCGCAAAUAUGGACUAGAAAACGAAAAAUUCGUUGAUACUAGCGGCAAUGGGCAGUCCAACUACAAUGAUCGUGCCGCAACAAGGAGAGUCCAGGUGGGCAGCAGUACAGAUAAAGAAAAGACUGAGGUGGCUUGUGUGAACACUGAAAUCGGUAGCUCUAAUAAGGGUUUUAAAAUGCUGAGUAAAUUGGGCUGGCAAAAGGGCGAAAAACUGGGCAAAACAAAUGCCAGUGCUGGACUUUUGGAGCCGAUCAAUGUGGUAGCCAAUGAGGGCACUAGCGGUCUGGGAAACAGUGACCCAGUGCUGUCCAGCUCCAGAACCAUUGACAAACGGAAGCUGGCCAACUUGAAGAUCACUCAGGCGCGAUAUCAGCGCGCCAGUGAUAUGUUUGGACAAUCGGAUGAUAGUGAUUAGAAAGACAUUUUGAAUGAUGUUGGAAACACAUUUAAUUAACAAUUACUCAAACAUAUUUAUAAGUGUAUGUAAAUAUAUAUGUAUGUAUAUACACAUAGAUUCUAUGUAUGUAUAUAUUAAUUCAAAAAUCUUGCUAUAAGGUUAAGCUAUCAGUCAAUUAAUUAAUUUAGCUUCGCUUAUAAACAAAAAGAAUAGGGGAAGGUAAUGUUAAAUAAAUACGACUUCGCACACGUUGGUCUAAACUAAUUGCGAGCCUAAUGGGCAUACAAACCGAUCGUUUAAAUUAAUUAUCGUGUAGCCUAAUGUUAAUGUUAAAUACAAAAGCCUCUUAAGAUAUGUGGUUUCUCUUGCGAUACAUGCUGGAUAAGAUUUGCUGCAAUACGUAAUGUUGUAAGGUUGAUAAUACUUUGCCUGUAUGUUAAGUGUAUCGGAUAAUAUGUAGUGUAAGCUCGGUAGGCUUGGGCAACAGCCGCAGGCCCAUCCACCGAUUACAACACGAAAACGCACAACGAGAAUCUUUGGAUGUUGGAGCUACGGAAGAACACGCUACAUAAAGCCCUAGGCCGAUGUGGUCGAGAGAUGCAUCCGAUCUCCUAGCAGCUACCCUGGGACUUGACGCCGAUGAAGUAGCGGGAUUCGCAGGAGUGUUUGUGCAUCUCACACCACGAGUUGUAUGUCUGGUUGUUGUAGCCGCAUAUUUUGUGUACCUAAUAUUACAAAAUUAAUUCAUAAUAGGAAAGGAAAUGUUUUAUUUACAAAAAAUCUGUACACACCGGUCGCUGCUGCUUCCGCGGACACUUGUAGCGACAGGUCACGCAUCUCGGCUGGCGCGUCUGCAGAUCCACCAGGCAGUUAUCCUUUGGCCCACACUUGAUGUCCGCACAGCUCACGCGGCCUGCUGCAAUAUAAAGUUUAUGAUGCGAACGCAUUAAUGACGGCUGCCUGCGGUUAAGUUUCAGCUUUAUGUCUGGCAAUUUCGGUUUAAUGGCUCCUGCACACUGAAAUGCAUGUCCUGGCCGCCUGAGAACCUGGGCAGGUGCUUCUGUGAUUACGGCAGAAGUGCCUGGCCAUUUUAGAGCAAGCUUUCAACUUUUAAGGGCCAUAUACAAAUGGUGCAUUCGGUGGCUCAUUAGGUCAUGAAGAUACUAUAUGUAGUAGUCUGGGCGAGAUUAAUAGAAUAUUGACUAAAGUUCAAUUUUAGGGCUUACUUAAGAGGAAAGGAUAGAAUAGGAUGCAUGCAUAUGCAC